AUGAGUGGUUUGAGAGAGAUCCGUGAAGCUUUCAAGGUGUUUGACCGAGAUGGAAACGGGUACAUCUCAAAGCAGGAGUUGGGGGUGGCCAUGCGGUCGCUGGGAUACAUGCCCAAUGAGGUGGAGCUGGAGAUUAUUAUCCAAAGGCUGGACAUGGAUGGUGAUGGCCAGGUUGACUUUGACGAAUUUGUUGCACUGCUUGGACCAAAACUUAUUGCUGCUGGGAUGCCUGAUAAGUUCCAUGGGGCGAACUUUGACUCUGUAUUUUGGAAGUGUGACAUGUCGAAGCUAACAGUAGAUGAGCUGAAGAGGCUGCUGUAUGACACCUUCUGUGACCACCUCACCAUGAAAGACAUUGAGAACAUCAUCAUGACCGAAGAGAGCCACCUGGACAACCAAGUGUGCCAAGUGGACAUUGACACGAGCCCAACACAACAGGUGAAGCACACUUGUGUGCGGAAGAGUCUGAUUUGUGCUUUCGCCUUCGCAUUUAUCAUCAGCGUAAUGCUUAUUGCAGCUAACCAGAUGCUCCGUAGAGGUAUGAAGUAGAAAGCCCUGUCCUCCACUACCAGAGGGGAAAAUAGUUUUCUUCGUUGUCCUUUCACACUCAAUCCAGUGACAAAUUAAACUGACAAAAAGGAACCAAAAUGACAUGUCUUUUUUGAUCCAGAGACAUAAACUGAGUCUACAAAACAUUAAGAACACCUUCAUCAAUUGUCUCAAGGAUUAAAAAUCCUUCUUUAACCUGUG